GCGAGCCAUGUCGCUCCAGCGCCGCGUGAUGCUGGACGAGGCCGCGGGAGACGCAGGCGGGCGGCGGGCGACGGGCCGCGGCGACAGCUGGUGGGGGCAGUCCGGGGGCGGCCAGUGGGGCGGCGGCCAGUGGGGCGGCAAGCGCGGCGGCCAGGACAAAUCUUCGGACUGGUGGCGCGGCGAUUCCAGCUGGAAAGCAGGUGGCCGUGGCGCCCAAGGGAAAGCGACGUGGAGGUCCGAAGGCGCGGAGGCCCGGAAGUGGGAGCCCGAGGCCGGCCGGAGGAGCGCGGGCGCGGAGGAGUGGCGGCCCCAGAGGAGCCAGUCCGACGAGGAGGACGCGACGCCGAACGCGAAGCGGCGCAUCGUGCUGCUGCCUCGAGACGGGAGCCCACGCCGGGAGCUCGAAGAAAAGGAGGGCCUUGUCGCGGCGGCGCCCCCGGCUGCGCCCGAGGCCCCGGACAGGCAGGCCACCGCGGAAGAUCCCGACGUCGGCUCGCCGCGGGAGGCCAGCCUCGACCUCGUCAAGAAGUUUUUCGAGGACAAGGGCUUCGGUUUCAUCACUCCUGACGACGGUAGCGAUGACGUGUUUCUGCAUCGCAAAGUGCACGGGGAUGGCCAAGACCGCACCGCGUACAUAGAAGAGGGCGCCUCCGUCACGUACGAGGUGGAGUGGGACGACCGCAAGGGCAAGUACUCAGCCUCGUCUUGCGAGGGCCCCUGGAAGACAGGGCGUAACGAGAAGACCCGAGAUCUGCGUCAGAGGCUUUUCCGGCCGGCGCUGCUGCAGCCAGCCGAGGCUACGCGGCCCGCGUCGGCCGCCGCCCGCACAUGCAGGACGUCGCAGCGCUGGUCGCCGCGCUGGUUCGCCGUCCCGUUCUGUUUUCACCUUCUGUGCGGCAGCAUGACGUGCCGCCACCAGACGCCCAUCAACGUUUGCUACUUCGUGACCAUGAUGCCGGUCCUGUACAUGCAGAUAGUGACGAUGCGGGUGCCAAGGCUGAGCGCGUUCUGCCUCGCGCCGGACCGCCUGCGCGCCCCGAUGGCGCUGCGUCUCCGGAGGCUCUGGAACGCGCUGCCUCGCCACCGGCGCUGGCGGAGGAGGUGGGUGCCCCGCCUUCGGCGCUGGCUGCGGCCCCGUUGCUGGCGGCGGCGUUGGCCAGAGUCUUGCGCGGCCGAGGGCCUGUUCCCGCGGCUCGCCUCCCCGACGAGUUCGCGGCCCCAUGACUGCCUCAUGCAGAAUGAGGGCGAGACGGAUGUUGCAGCCUUCUUAGGCGAGUGGACCCAAUUCAAGGCGCACAAGGACAACGACGGGACCAACGUGGCGCAGUUGGCACGUCCCGGCGAGCCAGCCCUGCCAGGCGCAGCGGCCCAGGCCGACCCUCUGGGGGCUGCGGGUCCGCUGGGCGCGCGGAAGCUUGCUGCUGCUGCUGGAGCUCCGGAGUUUGUUGCUGCGGCGGCCGGAGCAGUUCGCCAGCACGGCACGGUCUCAGCCAUGGCGAAGGCCGCAGGCCCUGCUGCUUGGGUUCAGUGUAAGAAGUGCGGCCCGCGCUCUUGGACUCCUAUGGCUAGCGGCAAGCUGUGGUGUCAUAUUUGCGGGCUCUACUACGACAAGGGUGAUCAGCCGCAGCGUGGAGCCAAUCGCCGCAAGGGCACUGGCAAGAACGCAGGCGGCGGCAAGAACGCAGGCGGUGGCAAGGGCGGCGGCAGUGCAGGCGGGGCCGCUGGGCUCUCCAAGCAGCAGCUCGACGCCAUCGCCAAGCGCGUCUCCACCUUGGGUUCGCGCGGCCUCGGCAAGGGCAAGGACGCGUCAGCGCCCACACCCGAGGCGGCCGACGCCAGCGACACGGACAAGAAGAUCCAGCUCGACGCCAGCGUCAUGCCCGACGUCGCCGCCAAGCUGCAGCAGGCCAGGGCCGACCUGGUCGAGGCGCGCGCGGCGCAGGCUGCCAACCUGCCGCCAGCGCAGCGCAUGGCGCGUUGCCACACCCGAGUGCAGCGGGCGGCCGAGAAGGUCGAGAAGAUCAAGAACCAGAUUUCAGAGCUGGAGAAGGUUCACGAGGAGCUGCAGCAGCAGCUCGACGCCAACAUCCAGUCCAUGGACGAGCAGAAGAAGCGCCUCGAGCAGGCCAUGGACGACCAGCAGCGCGAGGAGCAGAACGCCAAGUCCGUCUGGGCCGACACGGCACCAGAGGAGGUUCCUGAAUCGCUCGCAGAGUUCACGAAGACGUCCAAGGCCAAGAUCGAGGAGGCAAAGAAGAAGUUCGCAGACAAUGCAGACAUGCUGCAGUUCAUCACCGACAUGGCCAGCAUGGUGGAGACAUUGCCCGAGAGGUCGGAGCCGCCACCAUCACCAGCGCCAUCUACCACGGACACGCCAAUAUUCGAUUCCGAAUUCUUCAAGACCGAGAUGGAGUCCCUUGCUAAGCACGUGCCGAAGAAGGAGCUCGAGGCCAUCCAGAAGGCCAGAGCCGCAUAUCAGGACCAGCAGGCCGCGGCCGCGCGGCAGCUGGGUGCGCCGAGCAAGGGGUCUGGCAGCGGGCGAGGCCAUCGCCCCGUCGACGGCAUCGACGGUGAGUCGUGA